CGGAAGUGCGCAGCUCACUUUCUACUAGAAAAGGCCAUGUUGAAAGGCUUGUAAAUCAUUUGCGUUCAAGAGUUUAAAGGAUUAAGACCUUCACGACAAUAUCCCAUUUAAACCGUAGCUUGGUGCAAAUUAAAGAGUGAAUACAUACAAAAACAUCAGAGACCUAGUCCAGAAUUUGAAAAUACAAUUAAAAUUCCGACAAAAAGACAAACCACGGAGGCACGGAAAACGAAUUACUAUCUAGAGCUCCUUUGCCAAACGUCGGUCAUUGUAAUUGUGGUAAUUUAGUUGCAUUUAUAUUAAUUAAAACCUACACAGCUCAUUGAACUUUGUAAAUAGUUCCUGUAUACAAAUAAUGGCUUGGAUUCUCAUAACUAUCGGACUAUGCAUUAUAAUGACUGCUUCACUAAUAUACAGCCCUGUCUACAAUGACAAUACCAGAAAAGACAGAUUAGAUGAAAGUGAAGAAAUUUUCGAGUUCUUAUCAAAAGAGCAACGCAAAGCCUCAGAUAAUAUAUCUAGUACCACCAUGAUCGGAUGUACGGAAGUAUCUUGUAGAAUUGCCUGUUCAAACAACGAAAAUUUAUACAAAGACAUGUCUGCCAUAAUGAAUACGAGCUCUUGUGAAAUUAUCACAUCAAUAAUUAUUUCGAAUCAAUUCAGAUAUAGUCUUGAAAACAAAUGGACAUAUAAAGAUGUUGAUGUGUUAGAUAUUAUUCUAAGCAAUAGCCACUUGACUGAAAUCAAAAGUGCUUCAUUUAACAUACCUUUAUUUGCGAAGGUGUUUCAAAUGUCCUGGAUUAACCUGAAGCUUCAAAAACUUGACAGUGGUGCUUUGCUUGGUUUAUACUCGUUAAAAAAACUGGAGAUAGAUUCGAAACUUCCAGCUGUCAGCAUGGCAUUUUUACAGCCAGUGCAGACCACGCUAACACAUCUUAAAUUGAAUGUACACUUCAUAUUUUAUAGUAACUUGAGUCUAUUUGAGAAUAUUUAUCUUGAAAAAGUAACUUAUUUGGACCUUAGCUACAAUAGAUUUCUUGGCUCGCUUAACAAACGAAUAUUUAUGGCCGUGCCUAACACAACUUACCUCUAUUUACAGCAUUGUUCGAUAACUGCUAUAGAAGAAAAUGCUUUUAAUGAUAUAGCUCAUAAUUUAAAGAUUGUUAAUCUGGCAUAUAACAUGCUUUCUACAAUCAGUUAUACUGUGCUAACAGGAAUUAAUCCUAUAUAUAUUGAGCUUGAGCCUAACAAUUGGCUUUGCAAUUGCGAACUUUUGUCCUUGAUAAAUUACGUCUCUAAAAACUCUAGGCUUUUUAUAAAUGUACCAUAUUGUCGCUUACCCUACAACUUUUUUGGUAUACACUUUAACGACCUAGACAACAGUGAAAUAAAUUGUUCUUCGCCUAAUGAUCUUGUUAUUACAACCCAGAAAACAUAUUUUUCGACCACAACUGCUGAGAAAUCAAAUCAAACAUCAGCAGGCUGGCAAGAUGAAUUUUCGACACCAACUACAAUAGAGAGUGGUAAAUACACUGGUUCUUAUACAAAUGAAUAUGCUUACGGUCCUAUACUACAGUUUAGUUGUUCUCAGGCGAUUGAUUUAAAUGAAAGUGUGCACCUCAGUUACGAUGCCCAGCGAGAAAUAAACACAGAUAAGGUCGAACAAAAUCAGUCAAACUAUGCCAAUGGCGUUUUUGUUUUUCAACCACCCACCUAUGACCUCUAUUUGGAGCUAUCUGAUGACUUAAGUGUACAAGUACGAAUUGAUAACUAUUAUGCUGCAGAUCAGUUAAACAUUAUUUGGUUUACAGAACUGUUCGAUGGUAGUACAGAUGUAUUCGAUGUAAACUACUCAUAUAACUGUGUGCAAUAUUCUGGUCCGUUUUUAACCAUUGCACCACUUCAUGAAAAUCAUACUUAUACUUUUUGUAUGUUGCCGACAGAUAACGUAGUUAUUUCCCCGCUCUUUUGUCAACCUCUUUAUGUACCUAUGGUUGGAGAGAAAACUCUUAGUGCAACGGAUUCGGUUCAAAACAGUAAUAAGCAGUUUUCAGUCGGCAUGCUCUGCUUAAUUUUUUUUGUUUCUACAAUUUUUGGUGCAACAAUUGCAUAUCUUGGUAUCAAAGUAUACCCUGAUCUUUUAGAGGGCUCAAAGAACGUAUUAAUAAUUAAAAAGUUGGAUAAAACGUGCUAUAUAUCAACCAUAACAGAAUCGGAAUACACACUAGAUGCAAGAAAAAUAAAAUAUUUUGGCGCACAACUUGGCAAUGAUACUCGGCAUCCUUAUUCAGAAGAAAUAGAUGUGGACACUAGAAGUGUUCUUGGCAGUGUUUAUAAAGUAGACGAGUAUGAAAUGCCUAAAGAGCUUGAUUGUUCCAUAAAAGAGUAUAGUGAUCUCAGUUAUGAAAGUACCGUUGCCAUUCCCCCCCCAUUACCAAAGCGCAAUUCUAACAAUUUAUUAUUAAAUUAAAGCAAGAAAUAAUAAAAGUAAUAAUAAUAAAAGGACAAAUUGAUAUUG